AUGAAGGCUCGCAUCGAAGACCGCAUCGUCUACUCACCACACCCACACAUCGAUAUCCCCUUGUGCUCGUUUUAUGCCUUGGCAAAAGAAAAGCUGCUGAUUAACCCCAACAAGAUGGCGCUGGUAAGCGACCUACUCAGCCUGACACGUGCCGAAGUUCUGGCUGGCAUGCAGCGCUAUGCCAUCGGUUUCCGACAGAAUGGCAUGCUUCCCGGCGACAAUGUCUGCAUUCACCUGAACAACAGCGUGGAAAAUCUGAUAGCCAUUUACGGCUGCAUCCUAGCGGGUGCGACAGUUUUCCUGGCCAGUUCCUUGCUCACCGAAAAUGAGCUACGCUAUGAAGCGGAAGACUGUGAUUGCAGACACGUCGUUACCGACGAGCCGAAUGCAUUGAAAGUUAGCAGCGCAGUUGCACGCUUAAAUGUUAAGGGAAGAUUCUGCGUGGGACAAGCAGCCGGCUUCGUGUCGACUUCUGAGUUUUUGAAGAUCGAUGAAAGAGAGUUCCGCGAGUGCCCGGUCACCGAUCCGAAAGAGACCGUCCUUGCUGUGUGCUACACAUCAGGAAGCACGGGCUUGCCCAAAGGCGCCGAGGUGACUCACUACAGCUACGUGGCGUGCUUCUACACGACCAGGAUACACGUGCCCUGGGGAGAGCCAGACAUCCUCCUUGGCUUGAACCCUAUCACACACCAGGCGGGUAUGCUGUACUCCAUGAUAGCUGUCCUUGACGGCGCAACGUGUGCUGUCGUGCCGACCAACCUGACCCCGCUGGAAAUUAUGGAUGCUGUCGACAAAUAUAAGGUGACGGCAGCGCAGAUGUUCCCAGGCCGACUCCAAGCUCUGGUGCGCGAGAUGCGGCGCACUGGCCGAACGUUGCCCAGUAUGCGAGGCAUCGCCGCCGGUGGCAGCGUGCUUUCGACACAAGCGGCCGAACAGGCUCGUAAAGCAUUCGGUGGCCUUGAGCUCCUGGUGCACGUGUACGGCAUGACCGAGUCGUGCUGCUGUGUCACUUCUCAACCCAAGAACAAGGAGUUGAGCGUCACCGCUGACGUCGGCUUCCCUGAUACGAAUGUUGCAGUAAAGGUAGUUGAUGUGCUGACGCGUGAGAAACUCGGUCCCCGCCAAACAGGCGAGGUCUGCUAUAGGGCAGAUUCCAUGAUGAGAGGAUACUACAAACGACCCAAGGAAACCGCCGAUCUCAUCGACGAGGAUGGUUGGUGCAAGUCAGGCGACGCAGGUUACUAUGACGAAGACGGCCGGUUCUACAUCGUCGAUCGUCUUAAGCAGAUGAUCAAGUGCUUGGACAACCCCGUGGUUCCUGCCGAACUGGAAGAACAUCUCCUCCGCGAAUACGCCUCUGACAUCGCCGAGGUUUCGAUUGUGGGACUCCCGCAUUGCCACUACGGAGAAGCCCCCGCAGCCGCUGUGGUGCUCACAGACGAGGGUCGAAGGAAGGACUCGGAGGAGCUUGCCGAAAAUAUUAAAGCAACAGUAGCAAGUAGCCAUGCCUUGCACAAGCAGCUCUACGGUGGCGUCUUCUUCAUGGAUUCGCUACCGAAGACGGACACCGGAAAAGUCAGCAGACCAAAUUUGGUCCGCUGUCUCGUGCGAGCCUAGGAACAUAUGUUAUAUUGCGAUCUACAUAAUCUGACCUAUGCAAAAUAUGUGCUCAAUAUUACCAUAGGUUGUGCGAGUUUGCAAUAAAAUAUAGAAUUCAACUAGCCAUUUAGAGCGUGAUUGAAAGCUCUUCCAGGGAAAGCCUACCCUCUCUAUUUGCGUUAUGGCCAAGAUUAGAAAACAUGUGAGUCUUUGGUAUGACGAGCUUAUACAGGCUAGUAUAGCAGAAGUCUGCGUUAUAGAUAGGUGACCUCGUUGAGGCUGUGUGUACGGCCAAACUGCGACCUACCAGUGGGCGCUGGCGAAUGAAUGCCAAUGAGUUUCAGCGAGUCCUAGUGAAUCGGAGUUUGUGUAGGUCUGCCUCCUACUAAACCUGAAUCACGUGGCAUUUCAUUUAUUUAUGAGUUCGGGUCUAGGUGAUAGCGUGAGUCUGUAUGACCCAGAGUAAAUAUAGCAAAUUGACUCGGUUAACACAAGCAGCCUGUUUUCAGACAUGGGAAUAAACUAUUUAUAUCUAAGAAAUCAAAUUAGCCAGAUCACGUGUGCCAGGUAAUACCAGAAAUUGUAUAGGCCAGCUUUUUUUC